AUGUACCGUAAAUGGGACGCCAAUCCGGUUACCAUAGUCUACGGAGCUGAGCUGGAACCCAUCUCAACCGUUCCGUUUCCAGCAGUAACUAUUUGUCCUUUGGUAAAAUCGCGCAUAGAAGAGUUUAAUUUGACACAGGCUUUCGAAGUUAUCAACCAGAAUGCGACACUGGAUGAACGCAGCGAAAGCAAGCUUAGAACCUUAGCUCACGUGUGUGCAUUCAAAGACGAAUGCCAUGUGCUCAAAAUAUCAAGAAAGGAAAAUGUUAUUCUGGAUCUGAGAGCUAUGGCGCACUCCCUCAAAGAAGUAAUAGCUCACUGCUGGUGGCGAUCUUCGGUUGUGCCAUGUGAAAGCCUCAUGAUGGAACGGCUCGUAGAUGACGGUAUCUGCUACACCUUCAACUCACUGGCUUUGGACGAAAUAUAUCGUGAUAAUGAGAUUUCCCCCGAUUUUCUCAAUUUUACCAACACGGCACCGACAUCGGAUUGGACUCGGGAAUACGGAUACAGACCUGGAGCAGGAUUGCGCGCCUACCCGAAUCGUCCCCUAACUAAUGGCAUAAUCUCCGGAGUGAUAAUGGUAGCGGUGAUGAGAUCAGUUGAUCAUGAGCCGUUGUGCUCGGGGACUUACACGGGUUUCAAAUUCGCCGUCCAUGCUCCGGAUGAAGUCGCUUUUAUGGAUGAUCGUUUCUAUCGAUUGGACACGCUGAAUGCCGUAAUAUUGGACCUGACACCGAAUGUGAUCAAGGCAUCUGGAACGCUUAGAAAUCUUUCUCCUCUUAAAAGGAAUUGUUAUUUUUCGGACGAAAAAUAUCUUCGGUUCUUCAAAAUAUACAAUCAAGUAAACUGCGUCUCGGAAUGUAUUUCCAACUACACGCUGGCUUCGUGCGGUUGCGUGAAAUUCUCAAUGCCUCGGUCAACUGAUACUAAAAUAUGUGAUGUCGCCAAAAUCGACUGUUACCGAAGUUCCUUCCUGACAUUGUACGAAAAGAUGGUGAACGCUUACAUUGCCGGUGAAAGUUUCAAUAGCUGCAAUUGUUUGCCAUCAUGUUCCUCUGUUGACUAUGAAGUCGGAAUAUCUCACGAUAAUUUUAACUUUCAUGAAUUUCCUAUGAAGCUGGAUUUCAUAAAUGAUAAGAUCGAUCCCAGCUUGGUGUUUGUUGCCUUCGGGGACCGUCACUACACGUAUAUGGUAAGAAGAGAGCUGAUCGGAAUCAAUCGAGCGGUAGCAGAGCUUGGAGGUCUGUUUGCUCUUCUGAUGGGUUCCAGUAUGCUUAGCUUAGCGGAAAUUGUAUACUUCUGUUGCAUUCGGCAGUUGAGACGAGAGCAACCUAAGAAAAAUAAGCAAAUUCGAGCCAAACGGGCGCAUAGUCGAAGGCAUCGAGUUCAUUUACGAGUGGAUCCUUGGGCAAACCAUCAAUAA